AUGAAGAUCACCGAGCCCGCAUACAAAAUUCAACAAUAUUCGGCACGACUAAACGAGCGCGGCGGGCGCGAUGAGCGCCUAGAAAAUUUACCUUCGGCCAUUGAAUCGAUCCUUCUUGAUUUUAUGGAAGACGUCAUUGGUUAUGGCCACCACGAAUUGAAAGCACCAGCCCACGACAUGUCCAAGUCUAGGUACUUCGCCAGUCUCGGAAAAACUGAAGGAGAAAGGCAUGCGAAACUCAAACGGCUGUCCGCUGAGAGGAGAAUAUAUCGCAAAGUGAUGUUCAAAGCCUUGCAAAUGGCUAUGAGAGAUGUUCGCAGUUACGACUACGACCGCGCGAAAAUGAAAUGGAUUCCAAAUGACAAGAAGAAACGAGCCGUACCCGCGAAACAGCUAGACAUUCAAGUGGAACCUGAUUGA